UCAGUAUGCAGAUACAAGGAAACAUUAAUUAACUUAAGCAGGGUGGACACUCAUCAGCUUAGUUCUGUUUCAAAAGUCCAGGCUGCUGAAAUUAAACUCUGAUGCCAUUCAUGCCAGCAUCCAAUCACCGGAGAGACCAGAAGUUCGGCGAUGCCUCCAAGUUGCCCACAAGUGUGGCCACUAUACCUCCAGGACUCUAAAGCCGUGGUAGAGGGGGAAGAACAACUUUAGAGAGGAUGCCCAGCUGGUUCGUAGAAACCCCAGCUCAUUUCUCUUGGAAAGAAAGCUAUUACCGAUCCACUAUGUCCCAGAGCACACAGACAAGUGAAUUCCUCAGUCCAGAGGUCUUCCAGCAUAUCUGGGAUUUUCUGGAACAGCCUAUAUGUUCAGUUCAGCCCAUUGACUUGAACUUUGUGGAUGAGCCAUCAGAAAAUGGUGCAAGAAACAAGAUUGAGAUUAGCAUGGACUGUAUCCGCAUGCAGGACUCAGACCUCAGUGACCCCAUGUGGCCACAGUACACGAACCUGGGGCUCCUGAACAGCAUGGACCAGCAGAUUCAGAACGGCUCCUCGUCCACCAGCCCCUACAACACAGACCAUGCGCAGAACAGCGUCACGGCACCGUCGCCCUACGCGCAGCCCAGCUCCACCUUCGAUGCCCUGUCGCCUUCCCCCGCCAUCCCUUCCAACACCGACUACCCGGGCCCGCACAGCUUCGACGUGUCUUUCCAGCAGUCUAGCACCGCCAAGUCGGCCACCUGGACGUAUUCCACUGAACUGAAGAAACUCUACUGCCAAAUUGCAAAGACAUGUCCCAUCCAGAUCAAGGUGAUGACGCCACCACCACAGGGCGCUGUCAUCCGUGCCAUGCCUGUCUACAAGAAGGCUGAACAUGUCACCGAGGUGGUGAAACGGUGCCCCAACCAUGAACUGAGCCGUGAAUUCAAUGAGGGACAGAUUGCUCCUCCUAGUCAUUUGAUUCGAGUAGAAGGGAACAGCCAUGCCCAGUAUGUAGAAGACCCCAUCACAGGAAGACAGAGUGUGUUGGUACCUUAUGAACCACCCCAGGUUGGCACUGAAUUCACGACAGUCCUGUACAAUUUCAUGUGUAACAGCAGUUGUGUUGGAGGGAUGAACCGCCGUCCAAUUUUAAUCAUUGUUACUCUGGAAACCAGAGAUGGGCAAGUCCUGGGCCGACGCUGCUUUGAGGCCAGGAUCUGUGCUUGCCCAGGGAGAGACAGGAAGGCGGAUGAAGACAGCAUCAGGAAGCAGCAAGUCUCGGACAGCGCAAAGAACGGUGACGGUACGAAGCGCCCUUUUCGUCAGAACACACACGGCAUCCAGAUGACAUCCAUCAAAAAACGGAGAUCCCCAGAUGAUGAGCUGUUAUAUUUACCAGUGAGGGGCCGUGAGACCUAUGAAAUGCUGUUGAAGAUCAAAGAGUCCCUGGAACUCAUGCAGUACCUUCCUCAGCACACAAUCGAGACAUACAGGCAACAACAGCAGCAACAGCACCAACAUUUACUUCAGAAACAGACCUCGAUGCAGACUCAGUCUUCAUAUGGUAACAGCUCUCCACCUCUCAACAAAAUGAACAGCAUGAACAAGCUGCCUUCUGUGAGCCAGCUUAUCAACCCUCAGCAGCGCAACGCCCUCACUCCUACCACCAUUCCUGAUGGCAUGGGAGCCAACAUUCCUAUGAUGGGCACCCACAUGCCAAUGGCUGGAGACAUGAAUGGACUCAGCCCCACCCAGGCCCUCCCUCCCCCACUCUCCAUGCCAUCCACCUCCCACUGCACUCCCCCACCUCCGUACCCCACAGAUUGCAGCCUUGUCAGUUUCUUAGCGAGGUUGGGCUGUUCAUCAUGUCUGGACUAUUUCACGACCCAGGGGCUGACCACCAUCUAUCAGAUUGAGCAUUACUCCAUGGAUGAUUUGGCAAGUCUAAAAAUCCCUGAGCAAUUCAGACAUGCCAUCUGGAAGGGCAUCCUGGACCACCGACAGCUCCACGACUUCUCCUCCCCUCCCCACCUCCUGAGGACCCCAAGUGGUGCCUCCACAGUCAGCGUGGGCUCCAGUGAGACCCGGGGCGAGCGCGUUAUUGACGCUGUGCGCUUCACCCUGCGCCAGACCAUCUCCUUCCCGCCCCGCGAUGAGUGGAAUGACUUCAACUUUGACAUGGAUGCUCGUCGCAACAAGCAACAGCGCAUCAAGGAAGAGGGGGAGUGAGCACCACCGUGUGAACUCUUACCAUCCUGUCCCCAUCUGUCUGCCUCCCUACAAAGCACUAGUGCUUGACCUUCAGAGCGUUCUCCCUAGGUCUUCUCCUUCCUCUUCUCAGUCUGGUUUCUUAAGGGAAGAAGAAGUUAAGAGGCUACCUUUGAUUUAAUGUCCAACCUGGCAUCUGAUUCUGAUUCUGGCUUUAAGCCUCCAAAUCUAUUGCUUGCAGGACUGAAGUUACCAUGGCUAGGUGGAAGUGAGCAAAAGAGCAGUGGGUGUCUCCUUAAGCUGCAAAGAUUUCUCAUUGACUUUUAUAAAGCAUUUUCACCCUUAUAGUCUAAGACUAUAUAUAUAAAUAUAUAAAUAUACAGUAUGUAUUUUUGGGUGGGGGACAUUGAGUUUUGUUUAAAUGUAAUUUAAAGGAAAGGAAAUUGAGUUGCACUUAUCAACUUAUUAUUUUUUUUUAAUUUACUUGUUUGGAUGGUUUAUCUAUACCCUUUAUUUCAAGGGGUAUCAUGUAUGGUAAUAGGUAUCUGGAGCUUGACGGCACAUGUGAGUGACAAAAAUGUCCCUUCACUUAUUUUGAUAUUAAACAGUUGGCACAUCAAACCUUUGGAUGUAUCCAGUUGUAUUUACCAUUGCUUAUCAUAUGGGAGAGACUGUAUACAUAUAUCUACAGUUCUGUAUGUUGGCGUACUUUAUGUUACUGGCACUGCUGUUAGUGACGCUCAUUCACUUUGGGGUUAUUUUUAGUCCAAUCACAAGAAAAAAAAUCCACGUUCACACUGUCACAGGAGUGUGGCACUGGAAGAAGGAAAAUAGCCUCUCUUGCUUUUGGUUGGGAAUGGGGAAUGUAGGUAAUGCCUAAUAAUUCUUAAAAGGUGUGUGGCAACCGGGUCAAACACAUCUGGUAUAUGUAUCUGGGUAUAUCAGCAAUCCACUUACAUUUACUACCAGAUGCCUUAUCUCUUAAUAUUUAUUGGGAAAACGUUUGUGGCCAUUACAGAAGCCUGAAAACUAAGUUUCAGUACUGGGUUGACUAAGUCAAUUAGACAUUUGCUACCACUGUUCAAAUUAAGUUUGAUUUGAUUAGAAUGAAUGCCCUCUAUCUAGUUCUUACACUGAAGUCAUAAGGUUUAUUAAGAAUAUCCAGGAAAAACAGGAAUCAUACAGAAAUACUGAAUCUCCUCUAAACGGUAAGCAGUCAGUGAGCUGUGAACUGAAAUUCUUAGAAGACCUUUUGAAACACAGAUAAUAUUAUUUGGUAAAAGUUUAUUUUGGAAAUCCUCCAAUGAUGUAAAACUCUGCAAGUAGAAGCUUGUUUAUCUUUCUCUCUCCAAGGAUGAAAACAGUAGUGAUUUGGAAAAUAUAAGAUUAUGAGAUCAGCUUUCCUGUGGAAUCAGUUGCAUCACUAUAUAACUUUUCAUUUUUGAUAAUAAGAGUUUGAGUUUGUUGGAAAAUAACUGUGAGAAUCCAAUUUCCCGUCCAUCUCUCUUCUGGACUGUCAUAGACAUAAAAAUGUCCCCACAAAUGUCAGCCUUCCAAGGGAGGCGUUGCUUGAACCACUUAAACAUAGAAUUGUCUUCAGACUUUGAGAAAACCUGUAAAUGACGAUACUCCUGUAGAUCUUUAAGAAAGAUACUUUUUUUUCCACACUCUAAAACAAAUAUUUUGUACAUAUGCUAAUGAGCUCUAAAAUCCUUCUGUGCAUUCUAGUAAAGGGCUUUGAUUGCACAUAAGCUUCCAUUUCUGUUUUAAAGUGCAAAAGGGCUAACCGGGCUCAAAAAUAUAAUGUGUGAGUUUCACCUGAAAAGUGUAUAUAUAUUUUGUGUGUGAUAUUGCCUACUUUGUGUUUCAAUUUUUGUUUCCUUCUUGGGAUAGUGGGUUUUCCAGAACCACAGUUCAAAUUUUUUUUUAUUAUUAUUAUUAUUGUUUUUAUAUUUUCAUGGAAACACCACUUAGUAAGAUGACAAUGUCAAAUAAGAAAAUAAAUGCCAUAACUGUAAGAUAGGGGGAUGGGAAAGUUGUUUUUUAUUAUUAUUUUUAUUUUGUAUGUUAAAAGAGAGUGAGUCCUUGAUUUCAAAGUUUUAUUGUGCUUAAGUGGUUGUGGGCACUGUUACUUUGUGGAAUAAAUAUGUAGAUUUGAAAACCUAUUAAGGGGAAGAAUAAAAGCUGUGCAUUGGCAAUGCGAGGAGGGAAAUAGCUUCCUCUACUGUCCUGAGUGUUUGAACAAACCUAGGACUUCUUCUGAGCUAUUUCAGCACUGUUCAGGUAGCACUAAGGACUCAGAAAUCCCUGUACUGUAUCAUGUGUUUGGCACUAGCCAAGGCUAAGCACAACUACUGGCCUCAUGUCCUGGUGGCAACUUGCGCUCUUUGAGUGUAUGAGUAGCUAGGAUAAGGGGUGAAAGAGUAUUAGGGACAGACAAGUGGGAGUGGGCUUAAUGGAGUUCUGGUGGCCUCAGCUCAACGCAGUUAGCUGAGGAGUAGAAAGGUUUUUGUUUGGAGGUGAUUAGAAACAGAAAAGGAGAAUAGAACUUUCUUCAUUAAUUCCACUGACCUCUUGUUUUCUUGACAUUCUCCUAAAGUACAGUAUGUGGGAUGUUAAAUGUUAAAGGUUGUGUUUUUUUUAUUAUUUUUAUAAUUGUACAAAAAUUAAAUGUCAAAUGUUUUAUAUGCUUUAUUAAUGUUUUUGAAAGUUUCUUUCUUAUAGAUGUGAUACUUUUUUUUUUUUUUUUAAGCUUCUGUUGCUUGUCUUUUGGUAUUUUGUGUAAUGGGAUUUUGGUGAGCCAGAGGCACACCCAUGUUUGCCAGGGCAUGCAAUAAAAUUUACAAAAUAAAUAAAAAUGCAUCAAGAAA